AAAAAAGUUGCCAAAUCAAAAUGGUCACCGAGCCGAAGUCCGUUGAGCCCAAGGUCAGCACCAAGGAGGCGCAGUGCCAGUCAUCGGACUGCGAGACUUCCCAGCAGGUGCCGGUCUCGCAAGUAAGCAGCCCGAAGGGCACCCGUGUGGGGAUCUUCAAUGCCGAGGACUUCUUGUCGCGUGCUCAGAUGAACGACAAAAUCAACAACAUCUUGCGCUCGCCCACCAAGCCGCCCAACGGGGUGCGCCAGCGCUCCGUCUACACCAACAACCCAUCGCCGCAAGCAAGGUUGCGUGUCGGCAUGACUGGGGGGCAGCUGUCCCAACGCAUGAGCAACAUCUCGCUGUCCUCCGGCACGGACUCCGUGGGCCACAUGGAUCGCGGCAGCAGCUCCAGUCUCGCUAGCAGCGCCACCGUUGGCACCAACACCAUCACCAGCGGCAUUUCCAAGGAGUGCGCCAAUUACCCCGUCGGCUGUCAGUCGGCCCGUCCAUACGUCCAACAGCCGGGCAUACACAUUUCCAACCCUCCCCAGUACGGGCCAGGGAAUAUGCAGGAAAUAGACGCUGGCAAAAUGGCGCACAACGGCAAGGCACUCACAGGGCGCUACAAUGCUACGCCCACCUAUGGCUUCGACAACGAGCAGAACUACUGCCUGUUGCCGUCUCCAAUGCCCCCUCCACCAUACGCCUUGGCACGCGUGAGCAGCACACGCAACUUCGAGCUCGAGAACCACACACCGCCGGCAUGUCCCAGCUCUGGACCCAUUGCCAUGACGAACGGCACCAGCCAGUUGCGCCUCCGCGAUGGCGUGCGCAUUGACAUGACUCUGGACAAGGCGGUGCGCGUGCUCAAUCAGCGCAGCAUGGUGGCAGUUGCUCUAUCACGCAACUGCAGCAACUCGGCUUUGAUCCACCCCUAUGGACGCAUCUUGCAGAGCGGCGCUAAAGUCGAAAUAGUCACCUACGACGGCAUGAAGGGCAAUAACUUUGUGUGAGUGGGAAUGGCCCUUACCCCAACGUGGCAUAUGUUUGUUCGUCGCAAUGAGAAGCGCAUGCACUUCGAUGGAUCCUGUUUCAUUGUACGCAACGCUGGACACUCCACCGGCUUCAAUGAGAACAUCCUGCUCAUUGUCUACUGAUCGGCGUUCGUAGUCCGGAGAUAGAAACGGUGCAGUGGUAGCCCAUCCCACACGCACACACUCACACAUGUCAACACAUUUCACCUGGAACACACCUACAGCAGCACACUUGAGGGACCUUGACGUGGAGAGAGGGAUUCAGUUAGGAUCCCGGAAUUUAGGAAUAUCAAAAUCAAUUUGGGAAAUAAGUUAGAAAGCAAAUAUGUUCGUAC